UAUGCCUGACUUUAUUUACAUUUUCCUGUCCCAUCAGUUUGCCCAACUAGGAAAGAUUUUGGGUCCUCGUGGACUCAUGCCAAAUCCAAAAGCUGGUACUGUUACAACUAAUUUACCUCAGGCCAUAGAGGAAUUCAAGAAGGGCAAAGUUGAAUACAGAGCAGAUAAAACUGGGAUCGUUCACUUACCCUUUGGAAAGUCAGAUUUUUCUGAGGAAGAUCUUCUUGUGAACUUGCUUGCUGCAGCAAAAUCAGUAGAAACAAACAAGCCAUCUGGUGCAAAAGGAGUAUACUGGAAAAGUGCACAUAUAUGCUCAUCAAUGGGGCCUUCCAUUCGGUUAAAUAUAAGGGAAAUGCUUGAUUUCAAGCCUGCGACUUCGAAUGUUUAAGGAAAUCUAAAUACACAUGUAAAUUAUAUCUUCUAAACUAUUCAGGUAGCUUCUUGGUUUCCUCCACAGUGACUUGUGAAUGUUUGAAAAGGGUAGGACACAGGCUGAGUUGAAUAUGAUAGGGAGGUAUUCAGAUU